AUGAAUACUUAUUUUCCGACUGUGCAUUAGUGUGCAUGUAAAAUGCUGUGGGUUUUUCCAUGGGCAAAACUCGACAUUUGGUAAACCACUUUUACAAAUUCGGCUUCCUUUCCUUCUAGAAACGAGUAAUGCAAUGCAUUUCUGUGGAAGAGGACCUGACCUUGACUCGCUCAGAGAAAAAAGCAUUAGACGAGUUAAAAUUGCGAGUAGAGAAAAACCUACCCAAUGACUACAUGAAAAAGGAAGUCUAUUUAAUUAACUGGAUUCGAGCCUCCGACGGCAAUGUGGAUCAAGCAGUGAAAAUGUUAAAAGCAAAUCUGAAAUGGAGAAAGCAAAAUAAAAUGGACAACAUUUUGAGAGAGGAUUUUUCCUACAUGGAAGAGGAAUAUCCGAUAGAUUUGAGUGGAGUGGACUACACUGGGAGACCAGUGCUCCUUGUUCGCGUUGGUGAUUGGGAUGUAAGGCGUUCUCAUGUCACGGGCGAGCACGACGAAAACUACAGAUACUCGAUACGAGCUCUCGAACUCGCCAGCCAAAAAGUUAGAGAUGCUCAAGCACGAGGGAAAUUGGUCACCAGAUUUCAAGUCAUUUUCAACAUGGAUGGGUUCAGCCUGGUUCAACAUGGAUGCCUUCAGUGCAUACCUCCAUAUCUCAAUUUUUUGAGAGAUUUUCAAAACUACUUCCCUGGAAUGGUGGACAAUCUCGUCUUCAUUAAUGCUCCGCAGAGUAUGAAGUCUAUCAUUCAAUAUUUCCGUCCAAUUGUUCGGCCUAGUUUCAGAAAAAUUCUACACAUCUUUGGGACGGAUCCGGCAGAAUGGAAACCAUUUUUAUUCAAAAUCAUUCCAAGCGAUCAGAUUGAGGAGCAUUUGGAAAGAGGAAAAGCGCAAAAGUAGCAUAAAUGAUAAAUUGUAUAGUUCAAAACACGAUUAAAAUACUGCAAACUUUUAUAACAUUUAGCAAUACUUUUAGGCAACAGUUGAAGAUAAUUUUAACAAAUUAGUUGGAAUUACAGAUACUUAUACAAA